ACCUCGAAGGGCUCGUCUGAACAGGCACACCUUGCUUUCGCUCCCCCUUUUGCUUGCAAGGGUCUGACGGGGAACGAGCCAGCUCAUCAUGGCCACGGGCGACGAGGCUGGACCGUCUUCGGCGCCGGCCCCGGCCGGUGGGAGCAGUGGCGCCGGGACAGGUUCUGCACAACCUCCGAAGCAGUCGCUCCCAGACCUCGAGGCCGUCGCUGUUAGGUUGGUGGAUGACAAGCUUGAUAUGUCGGCAAGGAUGGGCGCCGCCAUCGAAUUCAAGGACCUCUUGGAGGUAUACCAUAACGGCAACUAUCCACACUACGUCAAGCACAUAUUACCCGCCUCUCUGCAGGCACUCUCCACGAUUCCGUGCUCAGUACAAACCGAUGCGCCGGCGCAGAGGACUCGGAUUGCAAUUCUCGAAAAUAUGCACCGCUUGCCCCAGCUAGAGGUUGCCAGAGCUCAAGCCAAGGAUAUGAUGAGGGCAAUGAUGACAGUGAUACGCGAGGACAACGAGGAAAAUGCUGUCAUCGCGAUCAAGAUUGUCAUCGACCUCAAUCGGCAUCUCAAGGCGGAGCUCGAGUCGGAGGUAUCAGCCUUUCUCUCCUUGGUCGGAGACUUGUACAAGAACUUUAAGAAUACCGUCGCAAAGGCAUUCGAGAGCGAGGCAUCGCAGUUGGCAGCUACUGGAAAACCGAACGCGACAGGCGAUGGUGUGCUCGAGGCGCCAUCACCAGCUGCAGAGUCCCAGGCAGCGAGCAUGGCCGGCAGCGAAGCUGGUUUGGGAGGCGGAAACGCUCCUCCAAAGACGCUACCAAAGAGUUUCUCGAGCUUCAAAGUCUUGACCGAGUGUCCCAUCGCCACAGUCUUCAUACUGCAAACCUACAAGUCAAAUGCGCAGCAGGCCAUCGCCCAAUUUCUGCCGCUCACGAUCCAGGAUUGUUUGCAACAGCAGGCCCAACCGCAGAAGGAGGCACACGAGGCGGCAAAGGCGAAAGGAGAAAUCUUUGUCGGCGUUGCUCCGGGUAUCAAAAACCGAGCUUUGUACACGGAGAUGGUCGUGGCUCAGGUCAAGACGAUGUCUUUCCUCGCAUACGUUCUCAAGGGCACGCAAACGACGAUGCGCCCCUUCUCCCACCUCGUCCCCGGCCUCGCCAUUCGUCUUUUGCAGGACUGCCCGCCAGAGGCAUCUACAUCGCGCAAAGAGCUCCUUGUAGCAAUCCGUCACAUCUUCACCACAGAGCUGAGAGUCAAUUUUGUGGGCCAGAUCGAUACGCUCCUCGACCAGCGCGUUUUGCUUGGGACUGGAAUCACCACGAGGGAGACGCUGCGUCCUCUGGCUAUAAGCAUGCUGGCCGACUUGGUGCACCACAUUCGCAAUGAUCUAACAUGGCCCCAGAUCGUUCUUACCGUGCACCGACACUGCCAAAUGCUGCACGAUCCGACGUUGGCACCGAGCAUCAUGACGAUGUGCUGCAAAUUGCUACUCAAUCUCGUCGACACCAUUGCCACUCGUCAUGCUGAGGGAGCGCCUGAUCUUCUUCGAGCCAUCUUUGACACGCUUGUUGAGAAGCUCGGCGGGCUACCGCGGCUGCGCGAGGACCUCGAGAGCUCGCGAAGGCAGAAGCUGCAACAGCAGCAAGAUGACAACAAGGAGCCGCCUAUUGUGGACGCUGUCACAAUCGAGAAGGCCAAGCCUGUCCAAGCAAAUAUCAUGCUGCCAGACUACGCUGACGCCCUGAAAGAUUCGCGCUUUCUCUUUCGGAAUAUUCUCGUCGGCCUCAAAUCGCUCAUCAUCAAGCUCAAAAACGUCUCUGCGCCCGAGCCAGACAGUGCCAUCAUGGGUCGACUUUUUGUCGACGGCAUCAAGUGCUGGACGCUCUACGACCAAGCCGACGUCAUGCCCGACAAGGAAGGUAUGGAGAUCUUUACAAACACCUUCAUCGAGCUCGAGCCACAGACAUUCCACGAGGUCUUCACCACCCACAUGCCAUUUCUCUUUGAGCGCAUGUUGGCAAGUCCAAUGCUGCUGGGCAUUCCACAGAGCUUGCUGUCCAACGAGAACGUCUCCAAGCGGUUCGUCGCCAUCCUCUUCCGCUUCCUCGUCGAUCGGCUGGCAGAAUUGGGCGAUGCCGACAAGAAGCACGCGUCGGUCAGUCUGCGGCUGUUCAAGAUGGCGUUCAUGGCCGUUACGAUUUUCCCGGAGGUCAACGAGGUGGUGCUGCAGCCACAUCUGAGCCAUCUCAUCAUGACGUCGAUGAAGCUUGCCAGCAAAGCGUCGGAGCCCGCCAAUUACUUUUUGCUUCUUCGCGCUCUCUUUCGCAGCAUUGGAGGCGGUCGCUUCGAGCUUCUCUACAAGGACGUCUUGCCUCUCCUUCCGGUCUUGCUCGAGAACCUCAACGAUCUGCUCAAUGCCGCCGAGCCUUCGCGAAGGGAGCUCUUCGUGGACUUGUGUCUGACUGUGCCGGUGCGGCUGAGCGUAUUGCUGCCCUACCUUGGCUUCCUGAUGCGUCCCCUCGUUUUGGCACUCCAGUCUUCCACAGACCUGGUCAGCCAAGGUCUGAGGACUCUGGAACUGUGCAUCGACAAUCUCACUCAAGAGUUCCUGGACCCCAUCAUGGCGCCAUAUGCGUACGACAUUAUGUCGGCUCUCUGGAAGCAUCUACAGCCACUGCCGCACAAUCAUCAGCAUUCGCACACGACCAUGCGCAUCCUCGGUAAGAUGGGUGGACGCAACAGACGGCUACUGCAAAAGGCGCCGCGCCUCGAAUAUCAUCAGCCCGACCCCAAUGCACGAUACCCUCAUGGUGUUAACGGCCAGCCUCUGGGCGCCAACCCGGUUGACCAACGUCAGCCGACGUUUGCUGUGCACUUCGACGGGAGUAGCAAGCCACAGUCGAUGUCGCUGCUACCUGUUACCGAGCUAGCCCUGGCUAACGUUCGACGAGGACCAGAUGCGUACCAUCGGAUGCAUGCUUUCGAGCUUCUGCGCCAUGCCGCCGUCCUCUUCCUUGAUGGCACCUUGUCGGAUUCUGGUCGAGAACGGGAUGGCAACUUUGAACGGGUUGUAAAAGGCCUUUUCGAUGCCACCCGGGUAGAGGACAAGGAGCUGGCGGAGGAGGCAACGACCUUUCUCAAGGGUUUCUCACGCCACGUCGUGGCUCUCGAGGCCAAACGUGAAAACACGUAUCUUCAAUUCAGCCAGCUGACACUCGCCUUCUUCGACGGAGUGGUGAGCGCGCUGGGCGCACAAGAGAAUGAGCCAGGAGACGUGGAAGCCAUCGUUGAGCUGGUUCGAGAACUUGUUACGCACGAAUUUCACCAGGUCUGCAGCGCCGCCAAGCCGGAGCUUUUUGCCGCACUGAUCCAUUCGCUUGCGAGCAAGCAUUGCAAUCUGUGCUACGAUCAGCUGUGGCAACGCAAGACCGGGGGCUGGAUGGGUAUCGACAUGCUCGCUCGGCGGUGUGAUUUGGGACGGACAUGGAUUCGGGACCAUCAACUGGAGAUUGUGCGGGCGCUACUGUACAUGCUCAAGGAUAUGCCCACCGACCCACCUCGCAACGUCGAUGCCGUGGCGGAGACGCUCAUCUUUGUCCUGCGUACUGUCAAUGGGCCCGAAAAGACUGCAGCACCUCAGCCCUCGGCGGAUGAAGAUGCGUCGACCAGCAAAGAAGGCAAAGACGAUGAGGCUUCUACGAAGGACGGUGGCAAAGGGAAGGAGGGCGAGGAGCCGCCUUCGACCACCAAGGCAAGCGACGACAAGGUGGUGUUGGAACGACAAUUCUCUUUCCUCGUCGGUGUGCUUCUGUCGGAGCUGUCAAGCUCCAACUCGCACGUUCGCACAACAGCCAGAAGAUCCUUUGAGCUGCUCGCUGAGCUCAAGGGCGUGGGCGUUACAGACAUUCUGCUUCCAGUCAAGGACCGCCUCUUGACGCCCAUCUUCACUAAGCCUCUCCGUGCGCUUCCUUUUGGCAUGCAGAUUGGCCAUAUCGACGCCAUCACCUUUUGCCUCGAGCUGCGCCCGCCGCUGCCCGACUUCAAUGAGGAGCUGUUCCGCGUCCUCACAGAGGCUUUGGCUCUUGCUGACGCCGAUGACCAAGCGCUGAUUGGACGAUCGACGACGUCGCAGUACAAGAACAUGAUUGCCGUCACACAGCUCCGCGUGGUGGCCAUCAAGCUUCUGGCAUCGGCCAUGGCUUGCUCCGAAUUUGAUUCGCUCGGAGCAAGGCUUGGUCAGAUGAGGAUGCGAAUCAUCUCCGUGUACUUCAAAAGCCUCUACUCGAGGUCCGAAGUCGUCAUCGACACGGCCUACGCGUGCCUUAAAGAGACACUCCAAGGACAAGCAAAGCUACCCAAAGAUGUGCUGCAGAGCGGGCUUCGACCCAUUCUUAUGACGCUCGCCGACGCUGGCCGCCUGACUGUCCCUGGACUCGAUGGUCUGGCAAGGCUGCUCGAGCUUUUGACGUCCUACUUCAAAGUAGAGAUUGGCACCAAGCUUCUCGCACACAUGCAGCAGAUCGCCCAGCCCCUCGUUGUCGAGCGAGCAAGUCGGGGAGGACUCGAUGGACCCAUAUAUGCCGAAGCGCAUCAUCUCUUGCAGCCCAGACAGCCACGAGAGAGCGAGCCCGUCGAGACGCUGGCGGCCAUCGUGCGAGUCUUCCAUCUGCUUCCGCCUGCCGCGAGCAAUUUCAUGGAUCAGCUCGUGGUGCAAGUCUGCGAGAUUGAGACGAUGCUCAAGCGCACCGGACCGACUCCUUUCACCAAGCCCAUCGCCCAGUACCUUGACAAGAACCCCAAGCAGGCUGCCGAUCUUUUCUUUGAGCACCAUCUUGAUGAUCAUCGAUACGUGCGCAUGCUCCGGCUCGUCAUUGGCUCCGAUUACUCUUCGAACCUGCGAGGCCACAUCACCGAGCAGCGUGCUCAGCUGCUUGUGCCCCUCUUCUCAGGCGAGAUGCCUGCGGGCGACGCUGACGCUGGCGAAAACAAGACAGACGAGGCGGGCCAGAUCCAGAGCCGCUCCCGUAAAGCGCUGUCGGGGCUCUUGAUUGUCAGGGAGCUGGAAAGGAAGGAGCCUGGUUGGCUAAAGGAGAACAGCGACGUCGUUGAGGCCCUAUUGCACUUUUGGAAGUCGCCUCUGCUCAAAGAGCGCCGUGUGGCCGAGGCUGGCCCACGCGAGAAUCGGGCAUCUGUGCAGGUCGUCGAUCUUCUCUGUGACUACCUCACCAAGGAGCCUGGGCGAGCCGACAUUUACUAUGCCAUUGUGGAGACGUUCACCCACCCCUCUUCCGUCGACCUUACUCCGGUGGUGCGCUUCAUUUACGACCACCUGGCGAUCAAGGGUACAGUCGAGCUCAAGCGCGAUGUUUUGCGUCGAUUCGUAGACGUCUUUGAGAACAGUGAUGCGUCGCAGCAGUACAAGGCAGAGUGCCUGCGCGUCCUCGUCAACCCCAUUCUCGUCGCUACGCCAAGACCGUCGGAUGACAAGAGUGACAAGGAAGCGAAGCGAAGGGAUGAGAAGGAAGCAGAUCGUGAGGGGACAGUCGAGGAGGAAGAGAAGAAGCAGGAACCCCUCCUUGAUGCAGAUUUGCUUGGUGUCAUCAUCAAGCGCAUUUGGAAGGUGUUUUCGCUGCCGAAGCCACCACUACACCUUUGCUCCGACGAUCUUGUCCGCGUGGAAUUGUUGCACAUGUCGACGAUGAUACUCGAACACGGCGCGCAGCUCUUGAGGGACCCUUCGAAGAGCAACGACAGCGACAGUCCUCGGAAGGAUGCAAUCAAAUUUGGCUGGGCCAACCUCAAGGCGGAGGACGUUACCGUCAAAAAUUCGGCCUACAUCUUCAUUGCUCGCUUCCUCGACCUCUUCGAGAGUCCGUCAAAGAUCGUCGCCCAAGUCUACCUCGGUCUGCUGCGAUCGCACCAACCGGAAGGUCGUGUCAUGGUUCGCAAAGCUCUUGACAUUCUCGUACCAGCCCUGCCGAAACGUAUGCCGAGCGAGCCUGGCAAGGCCCCCGACUGGGCAAAGGCGACGAAACGCCAGCUGAUGCAAGAAGGACAUAAUCUUCCACAGCUCUUUGGUAUCAUGCAGCUCCUUGUUCGGCAUGGAGACUUAUUCUACCCAACCAGAGAGUUGUUCUUGCCUCACAUUGGGAGCAGCGUCGGCAAACUCGGAUUGUCAGGAACCUCCAAUUCUGAGACGAGGCUGCUGGCUGUCGACCUCGUCGAGCUUGUCCUUGGGUGGGAGAAGAAGCGGAUGGCGGCCCAGCAGACGGAAGAAGAGAAGAAAAAGAAGGCAAAAGAUGCACAUGUCGACGGCGAUGGCGAUACCGAGAUGAAUGAUGGCGCGGGUGAACAGUCGACGGGUAUGACGACCAGGAAGAGGGCUGGUGAAUCGGAGUCGACGUCGAGGACAAAGAAGGCUCGUCUCGAUCGGGGAGGCUCUACUGCCUCGACCGGCCCCUCUCAAGCGGCGGCAGAGAGGGCAGAGAAAGCAGCAGCGGCAGAGAAUGCCUAUGUUGUGCCUUCGACGGUGCGCGAGCCGAUCCUUGUCUUUUUGCUCCGCUUUGUCUCUCUGUCGACAGAGCCGGUCAGUCGAGGUGUGGUCAACAAAGCCUACAACCUUCUCAAGGACCUUCUGGUGACGCCGGGUUGGUCCGAGAUGCCCAUCAAACUCGCCAUCUUCCAACGACCCUUAACUACAACCGAGGUCAAGGAAAGCAACCUCGUCGUCAUCACAAAUUCGCUUCAGACGCUCAAGCUCGUCAUCAAGGACAAGUCUUCUUCCUGGUUUUUGGCUCAUCUGCCCCAGCUUCACAAGCUUCUCGAGAAGAAUGCGAGCUGCGACGAGCCAAUUGUCCUCGAGCAUUGCCGAGCGAUCCUCGAUCGCAUUUUCGAAGUCCUGCCCGAACCUGUGCCAAGCGAAGAGGAUGCCGAAGGCGAAGAGGAUGCCGAUGCUGAUGCCGAUGGCGAAUUGGAGACAGGCGACGCGACAGCGGCGGCAGCGGCGGCCGCAAACAAACCUGCCAAGACCGCAUCGGCCAAUGGUAAGGGCCCCAAUGGUACCGUUUCUGGACCCGAUGAGGAAGCGGCUUCGUUCCGUAACUUUGUCGAGAACAUCAUCACGGAGGGACUGCGCAACUCUAGCAACCUCUACGGAGCCUUCAUUGUUCUGGGUUCAUGGGCAAAAGCGAAACCUGAUGUCAUCGACACUCAUCUCCAGGCCUUGACGAAGGCGUUAACCAAGCUGACGAAGGAACAUCUUGGUCCAUCCAACCAAGAUGGUGGUCUCAAGCUCCUUCUCAUGGUGUUGGAUCUGCUCAAAGCGCGAAUCUCAAAUUUGGGCGAACAGCGCCGAUGGUUCCUGUCGGCUGUGGUACAGCUCAUCGAGCGGUCGACGAGCUUGGAUCUCUGUCGCUACCUGCUUUCGACGAUGUCCAAGUGGAUCUUGGACCAGGACGAGCAAUUCCCGACGGUCAAGGAGAAAGCGGGCAUCCUUAUCAAGAUGAUGACGUACGAGGCCAAGGACGAGCAGCUGCUCCGCGAUUUUCUCGAUCUCAUCCAUUCCAUCUAUACGACCCCUGCAUUUGCGAGGACAGAGCUGACUGUACGGCUGGAAAAUGCGUUCCUGCUCGGGUGCCGGAAUCGCGACCCGGUUGUGCGGCAGCGCUUUAUAGACAUCUUCGACCGCACACUUGUUCGCAAUCUGUCGGGGAGGAUGCAAUACCUCUUGGGGACCCAAACGUGGGACUUCUUGGCCGACUCGUACUGGAUCCAACAGGUCCUCGAUCUCCUCAUGGGCAGCAUCGAAGGCGAUCGCCCGCUCCUCGGCGCAGGUUCACGGCCGGCAUCUUCGACGAAGCAAGGCGACCCCGACUUUGCGCGCAUCGUCAAAGGCCUAACGACGGGCAAUCUCGUCUCGUCGGUCCGAAAGCUGCUCUACACUUCACCAGAGGCCACCCGCCGAAUCUGGAGCACCUUCUUUGGCGCAGCUUGGCGUUCGAUGGUUCGCAAGCAACAAGAAGACACGUCUAAAGCUCUGAUCGGCGUCUUGACGCGUGACUUCCAUCUUCGGCAGGUGGCCAAGCGACCCAAUGUGGUUCAGACGCUCUUGGAGGGUGCGCUCAAAGCCAAACCCCAUGUCGAGUUGCCUCCGCAUGUCGUCAAGUACCUCGGCAAGACAUUCGACGCCUGGUAUACGGCUCUAGAGCUCUUGCAGGAUAUGCUUGGCUCGCUGCCUCGCGAAGACGAUGCCACGCGCGAGGCGGUUCAGGAUGCCCUUGGCGAGCUCCUCGCCGAAUUGUCCGAGGAUGACGUCUUCUAUGGCCUGUGGCGGAGGCGGUGCGUUUAUGCAGAGAGCAACGCCGCCAUCUCGUAUGAGCAAAGUGGCAUGUGGGGACAGGCUCAGAUCAUGUACGAGCUGGCUCAGGUCAAGGCCAGGUCGGGCCAGUCACUCACAUUCACAGAGGCAGAAUACGGUCUCUGGGAAGAUCACUGGGUUCUCUGCGCACAGAAGCUGCAGCAGUGGGACAUCCUCACCGAUUUGGCGAAGCUCGAGGGCAACAACGACCUCCUACUCGAGUGUGCCUGGCGGCUUUCCGACUGGGUCGCUGAGCGUGACAUUCUCGAGCAGGCGCUCGAGAGUCUGUCAACGACUUCGACGCCCAGGCGGCGCGUCUUUGCUGCCUACAUGGCUCUCCUCAAAUCCCAGUCGGCAUAUCCGUCGGGCGGCGGUGCUGGCGGCGGUGGACUCCAGCAGCAACAGCAGUAUCAGAAUGAAUUCGCUCGUAUCUGUGAUGAGGCGAUCCAGCUCACAUUGAGCAAGUGGCACUCGCUUCCCGAGCUCGUCACGCAGGCUCAUGUCCCCCUGCUUCAGAUUUUCCAGCAAUUCGUCGAGCUCCAAGAGGCCAGCCAGAUCUUCGCUUCGCUGGCAGUGACGAAUGCGACAAACUUGGACCAAAGAUCCACAGAGCUCAAGACGCUGAUGCAGACGUGGCGGGAGCGACUUCCUAACCUGUGGGACGACAUCAAUGCCUGGAGCGAUCUCGUGGCUUGGCGUCAGCACGUCUUUGGGGCUGUCAACAAGGCUUACCUGCCCUUGGUCGCACAGAUGCAGCAACAGCAACAGCAGCAAAACGGUCAGGGGGCCAACUCAAGCACAAAUUCGUACGCCUACAGAGGCUACCACGAGACAGCCUGGAUCAUCAACCGAUUCGCUCAUGUUGCCCGCAAACACUACCUCAGCGAGGUCUGCAUUGGCUCCCUCACCAAGAUCUACACGCUGCCUAAUAUCGAGAUCCAAGAAGCCUUUCUCAAAUUGCGCGAGCAAGCCAAGUGCCACUACCAGAAUCCCAACGAGCUGGCCCAGGGGUUGGACGUCAUCAACAACACCAACCUCAUGUUCUUUGCUGCGCCCCAAAAGGCCGAGUUUUUCACGCUCAAGGGCAUGUUCAUGGCCAAAUUGGGACUCAGCGAAGAGGCGAACCGCGCCUUUGCGACGGCCAUCCAGAUGGAUCUCAAUCUGGCAAAGGCCUGGACCGAGUGGGGUCGCUUCAACGACCGCAUCUUCCGCGACAAGCCCACGGAAAUCGUUUCUGCCAGUAGCGCCGUCAGCUGCUACCUCCAGGCCGCUGGCUUGUACAAGAGCGCAAAGGUCCGCAAGGUCCUCGUUCGAGUGCUCUGGCUGUUGAGCUGCGACGAUUCAAAGGGGACUGUUGCGGGCUCGUUUGAGGGCUUUCGAGGCGAGGCUCCGAUCUGGUAUUGGAUCACAUACAUCCCGCAGCUGCUUCAGUCAUUGGCGCAAAAGGAGGCAAAGUACGCUCGGAGAUUGCUCAUGCAGAUUGCCAAGAUGUACCCGCAGUCGCUUUACUUUUCGCUCAGGACCAGCCGGGAGGAUUAUCUCGUCAUGAAGAGAAAUGCGCUUAUGGCUUCGCAGAGGCUACAGCAGCGACAGCAGCAGCAGCAACAGGCUGCCCAGGCGCAGGCGCAGGCACAAGCACAAGCAGGACAGUCCGACAAGGCUGGAGAAGAGGGCAACGCAAAGGAGGAGGAUGGCAAGAAGGACGACGUCGGUGGCGAAGGUAAGGACGCGAAGGCGACCUCGACCGAAGAAAAGAAGGACGAGCCAGAGAAGAAGGAAGGUGAUGUCGAGAUGAAGGAUGCGCAAGCAGAGACAAAGGCCGACGAGAAGAAGGAUGAGGCUGUAUCUGAAAAGGCCAAGGGAGACGAGCAACCGGCUGGAGAAAAGCCAGAGUCCACGCCUGCUGCUGACCCCACUCCAGCGCCAACAACGACAGCACCUGCUACCUCUUCCACCCCAGCUUCAGCAUCGAUUCCCACACCAAUAACUGCACCAGCAUCGGCAUCAACUGCGACGGCUGUCGCCAACUCUGCCCCAACAGCGUCUCCUGCAUCGUCCGCGCAGCAACAAGGACAGCAGCAGGGGCAGCCACAAGGACAGCAACAGGGUCAGCAACAGAAUCAGCAACAGCAGCAGCAGAGAGGCACACCUUCGCAGCAGCCAAUGUCGGGAGGACAGAUUCCAUUCAUGAAUCUGCCGCCUGGAGCUCGACCAGCAUGGGAGUAUGUCGAAGAAAUUCUCAACAUCCUCAAGACGGCCUUCCCACUGCUUGCCCUGACGAUGGAAAACAUGGCCGAUCAGAUCCAGCAGCGCUUCAAGCCCACCAAUGAUGAGGACAUCUAUCGACUUACGAAUGCGCUUCUCAAUGAUGCGCUGCAGCAGUACAUUCAGCGCGCUGUCAUUGCCAACGAUAACGGCCAGCUUCCACAGCUCUCCAUGGCCAAUGUCGCUCGGUUUGCUGAGAACCUGCCUCCUGGUCCGCUCAAGUCAUCGUUUGAAGAGGACUUCGUCAGCAGCAAGCCGACCUUGCGCGAAUACGUCAGCAAGCUCCAGCGCUGGAGGGACCAGUAUGAGCUGGUGCUGGAGCGCAAGCCCACGAGGCUCCAUCUUGAGCACUGCUCGCACUACCUCGUCGAAUUCCAGCAUCAGCGCUUCGACGACGUGGAGGUGCCUGGACAGUAUCUCAAGCUCGAGGACAAUAAUGCCGACUUUGUCAAGAUUGCCCGAUUCCUUCCCACCUACGACGUGGUCCGAUCUGCCGGCGUGUGCACAAGACGCCUCUCAAUUCUGUCAAGCAAGGGUUCUGUGCACAUGUUCUCGGUUCAGCUGCCCUCGGGUCGUUACUGUCGUCGCGAAGAAAGGCUCUCGAUGCUCUUCCGCACUCUCAAUCGCGUCUUGGAGCGUCGCAAGGAGACGCGACGGCGCGGUCUCGUCUUUACAACUCCGGCCAUGGUGCCCCUCGGCCCGCAGCUGCGCCUCAUCGAGACGAACCCGAGCAUCGUGAGCAUGCAGGACAUCUACGAACAGCAUUGCCAGGACAUUGGCAUCGGCAAGGACGAUCCAAUCAUUGCUUGGGUCGAAAAGCUGCGAUCGACGCUGGCGGCCUCAGAGGGGAACACGGGCAUGGUCGAAAUGUCAAACCUCAGGAUGGAGUUACUCGACGAGAUCAGCACAAAGAUGGUGCCAGAUACGGUUCUCUCCGAUUACUUUACACGUUCAAUGACGUCGGCCUCGGACCUCUGGCUGUUGCGAAAGCACUUUGCUCUGCAGAUGGCUUCGACGAUGUUCAUCACCUACAUCUUCUUCGUCUCUGCGCGCCUACCAAGUCGCAUCCUCAUCUCUCGAGACAGCGGACAGGUCAGCAUGACGGACGUCAUUCCAACAUUCCAUCCCACAUCCCCUACCUUCAAGUCACCCGAUGCGACGCCAUUUCGGCUCACACCUAACAUACAGCACUUCAUUGGGCCUAUUGGUGUUGAAGGUAUCCUCACAUCGUCGCUUGUCGCUAUUGGUCGGGUGCUCUCGGAACCAGACCACGAUCUCGAAGAGCAGCUCAGCAUCUAUGUCCGUGACGAAGUCCUCUUCUGGAUUCAGACUGCGCAGCGCCAGCAGCAGCAACAACAACAGGCUCAGGGUGGAGCGGCGGCGGCGGCGGCUACCGCAGCGAUGCUGAAUCCUCUGACCGAGGCACCUCGCGAAAUUGUCAUGUCAAACAUCUCCGAGGUUGUCAAGAGGGCCAGGCUCAUGAGCUGCAAACACGAGCUCGACAAGUCACAACCCAACACAACGAUGCCAGUCAGUCAGGUGGUGAUUGACUUGAUCAAUUCCAGCAGCUCGCCUUCCAAGCUGGCUCUGCAGGACGUCAGCUGGAUGCCCUUCUUGUAAAUGUUCUUUUUGCGUAUUUUUCUAUCUUGGACGUCUUUCUUUGUUGUCCUUUUCUCUUCUGGACGAGAACAAAAAUGUAUUCUAUGAUAUAGGAGAGUCCGCUUUCAAUGCUUCAUAGCAUGUUCAA